GUCACUUACAAUGAUUUUAGGAUGGAUCAUAUCAGGCACAGAAACCAGCUGAAAGCCCUGGAAAAAAUAUAGAGAGACUAUUAGAGACAUUAUUAUCUGACAAAAAACUCCAAAAAUCAAACAGCAGUUUUCGACAAUGACAACGGCAUGGACGCGGCCAUGACAGAAAAGGGAAGCAACUCUAGUUACUCAGAAUGACAUGAGCACACCAAGUAAAAAAGUAGCUGAGGUUCAGCAGUUUUCUCCUGCAAAAUCGCCAGGUACUCGGAGUGAUGGAGCUCAUCAGGGUAACCUGACAGGAAGUCUACGUAAAGUGAAAGAUGGUGUUGCCGACAUUCAUAAUCUGGUUAUAAAAUGGAAUAAACAUCACAUGGAUGGGCUGGUAAUCAUAAAGGAAAUAGCCAACAUUAAACUAGAAAGUGUCUUCAACAGAGAUUCAGAAGAUGCAGAAAAUCCCGUACCUUCCAUGCCAUCAAGUUUGGAGCCACUGUGUGAGAAACUCCUCAAUAUAUACCAGUCUUUGGAGAAGGUUGUGAAGAAACUGGAUCGAGUGAGAUCUGUUCUGAUUGGUGUUCAGAAGCUGAAUGAUCACCUCACACAAGAUGAUAAAAGUGACGUUCUCUUCCACACAUGGACUAUUGAAGAUUUUGUGGCCAAUUCAAACCAACUUGUAGCUAUGUACACCAAAGAACUUGACCUGAAGAAGCAACUGUGUGAAAAUGUUGCCCAUGCAGACGACCGGACAACCACCAUGUUUUAUACGUCUGCCUGGCUGCACCAACCGUACAUUGAUGAAAAUGCUACAGCGAUCUUAGACAUGAUGUUGCUUGAAUCUGGCCAUAAGAAAUGAUUUAUAACUGUCACAUUUUAUAAGUUGAGAUUAAAAAACUCAUCCCAAGAAA